AUGUACUUGGAUUUGUUCAUAUUCUUUUGUUCUUUGGUUUUAACUGGUGCAAAACAUUUCAAUGGAGGAACUAUCAGAUGGGCUCCUAUUGAUCCUUAUGAUAAUUCUACGUCAAUUAAUAUUACUAUUACACAAUCUUAUUCAUGGACAUUUCCAUAUAUAAAAUGUCUCACCAAUGUACCAGCCUCGACUAGUGGAUGGAGUACUGCCAAUACUAAUCUGAGUUGUAUAGUUGACUGUACGACUGAUGGUGGCUAUUCUAGUGCACCAAUUGAUAUUCUCACAGAUUGUACAUCAUCUAGUGCAUCAUUGAAAAUGAUGACAAGUGAAAGAUCAAAAGAUGUUACACUUUCUGCUGAUGCACAUUUUUAUAUAGCUUAUAGAGGAAAUGCUUGGCGAGCAUUAAAUUCUCCUGUUCAAUCAAAUCUUGAUUGGUCGAUUGUAACAUUCAUUGAUCUCCGUAAACGACCAGAUGGUUUCAUUAAUACUCCCCCCGUUGCUACAAUUAUUUCUCCACAAUAUGCCAAUGUAAAUCAAACAAUACAAAUUAAUAUUCCUGUUUCAGAUGCCAAUGUUGGUGAUGAUGUACGUUGUCGAUGGUCAAUUUUUACUACUGGAUUUCGAAGACGAAAACGUUCCAGCAAAGAAGAACAUUUCAAGCAACGAUCUGAUGUUCACUUUUAUAAAGAAGUAGCUGGUGAUAGAGAAUUUCUUCAUAUGAGAAAAAAAAGACAAGCUUGUAGUAGUUGCAAUAGUGUAUGUGCAUAUGGUUGUGACUGCACCUGUAGUCCUUGUAUUUCCACAACAUGUAUUAAUACGAAUUGUACUGACAUUACAGGUUGUACGGCGACAGUAGGUACGACUACCACCAUGACGACAACUUCAACAAUUACGGAUAAUUCAACUGAUACCGAAACUCCAGGAACACCAGCAUCGACUUCUUCAUAUCCAAUUCGUCAGGCAAUCGACGAGUGUGCUGGUAUUUGUUACCCAGACAGUUUACCUAAGAGCACAACUCUGUCAGAUUGCACUAUCACAUUCAAAGGUCGUAAAGUUGGUGUCUGGUAUGCAGUUGCUAUUCAGGUUGAAGAUUUUAUCAGUACAACAAGUACGACACCAAUGAGUUCAAUACCAGUUCAAUUUUUGAUUUAUGUUCAACCACAACCAUCUUGUUUAGACAAACCUAUUAUUUUCCCUCUAACUCGUUGUUUAGAGGUAAAGGUUGGUGUCGUAAUGAAAUUUAAUCUAUCUGUAAUGAAUUUAUGUAAUUCAAAUGUGGCUACAAUUGCUGAUAUCUUUGUUUCAGUCGCCAUUACUGUACCACGACAUCUGAAACAACAACAACCACAGCAGAGACGACAACAACAACCACAACGGAGACAACAACAACUACCACAACAGAGACGACAACAACAACCACAACAGAGACGACAACAACAACCACAACGGAGACAACAACAACAACCACAACGGAGACAACAACAACAACCUCUAGUACCACAACAUCUGAAACAACAACUACCACAACGGAGACGACAACAACGACCACAACAGACACAACAACAACGACGACAACAGACACAACAACAACAACCACAACAGAUACAACAACAACAACCACAACGGAGACGACAGCAACAACCUCUAGUACUACGACAUCUGAAACAACUACAACAACGUCGGAGACAACGACUACAACGACAACUUCUUCAACAUCAACUUCAUCCACAUCGACAACAUCCACCACAACGUCUACCACGACCUCUGUUACAACUACAACGACAACAACUACAACAACAACAACGACAACGACAACAACAACCACAACGACCACAACAACAACAACCACAACGACAACGACAACAACAACCACAGCAACCACAACAACAGCAACAACAACGACCACUACAACCAUAGUUGAUUUUUUCAAACAGGGGCGCUGGUGCGCGACGUCGCCGACGAAAACAAAAUAAAGAAGAUACCAUUGAACGGACUUUUGACUCAAGACUUAAAGUUCAUGAAUUAGAAAAGAAGACAGCUCCUAGCGAAAUGCUCAAACCAAAUACAUCAACUAAGGACUAUCUUACCAGUGAUGUAAGGCAGACUGAGAAUUACAUAAGCAGUACUACUCCAACAGACGUGCGCAUAAGCCUGCCUGAUUCGAAUUUUUCUGAAGCAGUAACCACUAUAACAUAUACAGAUGAGCACAGAAUUUCAUCAACAGUCUCUGUCAAAAGAAUUAAUCGUGCUUCCAUUCCACAACAAAACAACAUUAAAGCGUUGAAUGAAACUGAAAAUGUCAAUGUAAAAUCUACAAAUCAUACUGGCAACUCAGAAAAUAGUCAAAUCAUUGGACGUUCGACAUUGGCUGUUGUUCGAGUAUCAAAAUUGGAUAUAGCAAACCGGAAUAAUUCAAUCACACCUCUGCAAAAGAUUUUACCUGCAUCAUCAUCCGAGUCAUCGAAACCGAAUAAAAUAAAGGUCAUAAGAAUACCACGAAGUCAAUCAGUUUCAGAUCCACGAACUCGAACAAUUAGUGUUGGUAACACAAGCACUAUUAAUUUUGACAAACAUUUUAUUGAAAUGCAAACAAUAAGAGAUCAUCCAAAGCCUACUUCGGUUGCCACAAAUAUGAAAGUAUAUAAAGGCAGUGGAGUGGUCGUAACAAAACUUCCAAGGAAUACAACGACUUCUGAAACAAGUGCAACAACAUCGGUUACGACAACAUCAACGACAACUUCUUCGACAUCAACAUCAUCUACAUCAACCACAUCGAAACAUCCACCACAACGUCUACUACAACAUCCAUUACAACAACAACGACAACAACUACCUCGAUCACCACAACUAUCUUAUUCUGAUGGUGUAACAACUACAACAGAUAUAGAAGAAACUAGAAUUUUAUCAACAGUUUCAAUCAAAAGAAUCAAUCAUGCAACCAUUCAACAGUUACAUGACACAGAAAAACUAAUUGAUAAUGCAGAACCCAAUAGUAAAUUACCAAAUCAUAUUGAUAAUAGUGAUGAUAGUCAAAGCAUUCGAUGUUCAGCAGUCUCAGUUGUUCGAGUACCAAAAUUGAGUUUACCAAACCAGAACAAUUCAAUCAUAUCUGAACAAAACACUUCAAGUACGUCAUUAUCGAAACUAUUGAAAUUGAAUCAAGUAAAGGUCACCAAAAUAUCACGAAAACAAUCAACUUUAAGUCAACGGGCUCGAGCAUUAAGUGUUGAUAAUAUUAGCACUAUUCAUAUAGGAAAGCCUUUUUCCGUAAUGCAAUCAUUGACUAAUGAAUCAACAGCUGCUUCGAUUGCCACAAAUAUCAAUAUACAUAAAGGCAAUAGAGUAACCGUGAAAAAACUUCCAAGAAAAUCUAAUAUUUCUCAAUCUCGUCCUUUAUAA